AGGUCUACAGAAACAUGAUGGACUGCCUUGUCAAGACGGUGCGGUCUGAGGGCUAUUUUGGGAUGUAUAGAGACAUGCGUCCCCGGGGAUAUUGAAGGCUAGCCGAUAAGGCGCAGCCACGCUGGAGGCAAAUCAUUACAUGGUUCUUACAACAUCGCUCUAUUAUAACUAGGCACAGAUUUUUUUAUGUCAUUUUUGUUGAGAUUUUGCUCUUUGACUUGUCUUCAUAGCCAACGGCCAUCCUUCCUUGUGUUUCACUUCCAUUCUGCCACUGUCCCACUAACACUUCUGACCAUGUCCUAACACUGAGCCCCACUAAAUGUAGAUUUCAAUUUUAAUCUUCCCGUUAGUGCUUACUGCACGUUAAGUUCUAAGUGGAUAGGGGCACAUUGAUUUUUUUUUUUUUUUUUUUUUCCCCCCUUCAUGUGCCAUUAGCCAGCUUUCUCUGAACUGCUCCCCUUGACUGCAUCUUUCUUAACUCUGCCCAUUGUCUAAUCUCCUCACUAUCCUCCUCUGCUCUUUCUCAUCAGGUGUUUUUUGUUGUUUUUUGCUUGACCUAUUUUCCUGUAAACUGAUGUCAUAUGAAUGCAUAAAAUCCCCCUCCAUGAUCACGCCAUUGCAUCUUGCAUGAUCUGAGCCUAUUUCCCCUAAACUCGGUAGAGAUGUCCUAUCUUACCACUGGUAGAAAAUGCAUUCAACCUUUUCCAAAUCAACAUGUUCUUUCUGUUGGUUUGAUGGUGGUGGGGAAUACUUUUUUAUUUUAUUACUUUUUUUUUAAGUCUUUAAGCUGUGCUGAAUGUCUCUGGAUGUCGGCAUGUGGGCUAAGUGUGUGUAUUGUUUUUUAGGAGCUGCGGUCAAUCUGACCUUGGUUACCCCCGAGAAGGCCAUCAAACUGGCCGCUAACGACUUCUUCCGUCACCACCUAAGCAAAGAUGGGAAGGGGCUAACGGUAGUCAAGGAGAUGCUGGCUGGGUGCGGAGCAGGAAUGUGCCAGGUCAUCGUAACGACCCCUAUGGAAAUGCUGAAGAUUCAGCUGCAGGAUGCGGGGAGACUGGCGGCCCAGCAGAGAAAGCCAGCUAUGAUGCCCGCAGCAGUACUGGGCACCACCAGCGCCGUACAGAGCCGCUCCUACAAUGUAGGAGCCCCUGCACCGGCUGUCAGGGCAGUGUCUGCCACCCAGAUCGCCCAAGAGCUGCUGCGCACUCAGGGCAUCCAGGGCCUGUACAAGGGACUAGGGGCCACACUUAUGAGGGAUGUACCCUUCUCCAUCGUCUACUUCCCGCUAUUUGCUAACCUGAACAGUCUGGGCAAGGACUCCCCAGAGGGCACUGCACCCUUCUACUGGUCUUUCCUGUCCGGCUGUGCAGCUGGGUCCACCGCCGCCGUGGCCGUUAACCCUUGCGAUGUCAUCAAGACAAGACUGCAGAGUCUGACUAAGGGAGCCAAUGAGGAAACCUACAGCGGUGUGGUAGACUGCUUCAGUAAGAUCCUUCGGAAGGAGGGACCCUCUGCCUUCCUGAAGGGCGCCGGCUGCAGGGCCCUGGUUAUCGCCCCGCUCUUUGGCAUCGCCCAGGUCAUGUACUUUGUGGGGGUCGGAGAGUUCAUUCUGGGCCAGACCCCAUUCAAUCUGUACUCCUCCUAGGUGACUUCAGGCCCCGGCAUCUCUGCGCCAGACCCUGUCUCACAGAACCACCAAAGUACUGCAGCCCGAGUCCACGGCAGCUGUGGGUGCCACAGUGAAAACCGCAAUGAACACGUGAGGCUUAGGAUGGCGCAGAGCUGUUAGAGAUGGGACAGAUUUGGAUAAGUCUUGGCCUUACUUUGGCAUUAGCACAUUUUACCAGCUUGUUUGACAGGCUGUUUACAUCAUUGCACUUGUCAAUGUGGUCCUUGAGGUGCAGUGGAUGGGGUGGAGCGCCGGCCCUCCCUGCUUCUGCAGAGAUCCUCUGAAAUUUCCCCUCAGUGAGGGAUGGGAAAAAAAACUUGAUGCUGUUGCAUACCUUGGCCACCAAAAUCAGUUUAAGUCCAUCGUACAAUGUUAUUAGACUUGCUGGUUAACUUUAAAUACCCCUUUUUGUUGUUCACAGGCAAUAUAAUUUGGUGCUAGUUAAUUGUUUUGGGAUGUUGUCGGUUAUGCUCUGGAAUUCCAUCUGAAAUUCAAACUACGAAUUUGAGAAAAGAGUCACUUUUGUUGAAGUACUUGUUAAGUUGCCCCAAAUUUAUUUAGAUUACAACGAUAGCUCUAAAAAAAAAAAAGGGUGACCACUGUAACUUUGAUGCAAUAACACUCUUGGAAACUAAGCUUGUUGGGGAAUGGGGUAGCCUGUUUAAGUUUGGAGUGGAAGAAUUUGCCAUUUCAAGAUUCUAAAUACCUAGAUCAUAAUGUUUGCUGCAUUGUUGGCAUCUGAAAUGGGGACCAAGGACAUUUUGGGUAUUGAAAGUCUAUAGGUGUCCACCUUAAACCCUGUAGCAUACAUUUGGACAUACUGAAUAACAUUAAUUGGUGAAGAAUUUCAAGAGUCCCUCUUCUGUUGUGAAAAUUGAUGUAUUUGUGUUGGGACAGGGAUGAAUUGGAACAGGUUUGACUGUUAGUGUUUCUUUCUAUUGCACAAUUAUAAUGGUCAAAGAUUAUAAUUACAUGUCAGUGUCUUCCAUUCAAUGUGUAUGUUUCUAACACAAUGAGUGGUUUUGUAAGACUGAACUGUUACAAGACUCACCUGUGUGUGAGUGAGUGGGAGUGAAUGAGCGUGCCUGAACUUGGCACUGUAGUGUUACUCGACUGCGGUAAAUGUGGAACAACUAACACGAGCAGCUUACUUUCAGCAUGGAGAAGAAUGGAACCAAAAUUUUUAUUGAGAAUUUUGCUCUGUAUUCAACAUGCCAUUUCAAAUAUUUAUACCACAAUAAAAUAUUUUAUACACAACUGUCCUUGACAU